AUGAGUUCGAAAGUUCGUGUAAUAUCAGCCAACACGAUGCGCUUGAGGCUACUAGAAGAACAGGCCUUACUCAAACACAAAGAAGUUGUUCAGCUCCGUGGAGUAGUUCAACGGCUGCGUUCACAAUAUGAAGCGGAAGUUGAUACGGACCAUUUGAAAUGCGUAUUCCACGACGUGACGGCCUCAGUACAUCAAUUAAGAACGGAGAUUCUGGCUUCCCUUGGCUGCAACACGGUCGACGACCAAUGUGUGAAGGCAAUCACAACUAAUGAAGCGAAAUACUUUUGGUAUUUUGUGGACGGCGUGAAAUUGACUUCCGAAAGGUUGAAAAACGCUCCCUCUUUGAAACUUGAUGAGUUGGCAGAAAGUUUACGCACUGGUGUUGUUGAAAAACGUCUCUGUAAACAGUGCAAUCAACUCUCUCAUCUGGCGCGCACGCUCAAGUGA